UUGUCGAUCAAAUCAUCCUCGCGAAGCAAAACCACUCUUCCCCUUCCCCAUCCGCCCUCUCAUGGAGUCGCUUGCGUCGCAAGCGAGGCCUGCUGCCGUGCUCUGGCUCGCCGGCUUCCUCCAGGCCGCGCGCCUCCACCGCGUCGUCUCCUUCUGCGCUAGCUCGAGGGCUCUUUCCAUCAGGAUCGCGCAGUGCUUCCUGCUCAACGGACUCAUCUUCCUGGGAAGCUUGCUAAUCCUGAAAUCGGUGGUCAUUCCGACGCUAUUGUGGAUACUACCUGAGCAAUGCAAUCAAUUGGGGGGAGGACAUCUUUGUGAUCACAAGGUGGCUGUAGCUAUGUAUUCAUUCUUACGCUCUGGUCUUGUUGAGAUUUUCUAUGUAUUUUGGUUUUAUCCACUUUACAUCUUCAGCUUCAUAUUAAGUGCACUUUGGUAUAAUGAUAUUGCCAAGCAUGCUUUGGAUGUUGUGAAAAGUAAGAGCCUAGAUUCGACUCGAGCAUUGGACGCUCACAACAUAACUGAACCAGAAGAUCGGCCUGAAGGAUUUGACAGGGUUGCACUUGGUAUUGGAGAGCAGGUCUAUUCAAUCCUUCUUUUGACUAUUUUCUUUGUUGAGGUAUCAGUGAUUGGUUAUGUACCUUACUUUGGCAAGGCAAUGAACUUCCUGCUCCUGUCUUUGAUGUAUGCCUACUACUGCUUCGAGUACAAAUGGAACUUCUUUGCAGUGAGUCUGAAUAAGAGGCUUGAUUUCUUUGAGUCAAAUUGGGCCUUCUUUGCUGGAUUUGGUGGUCCAUGUGUCCUUCCAAUUUUCUUCCUCUCUCCUCUUACAAGUUAUGGAGUUAUGGCUAUACUUUACCCAUUGUUUGUCUUGACUGCUGCAGGCACUCAAGCUGAGCAGGCAAUUGAUGAACUGAAACCUGCACACGAAGGGAAACUACAAAGAAUACCUGUGUUCUUUGUCGCAAAGAAACUAACGAUGCAAGUACUGCAAUUGUUUCCAGCGGCAGGGAAAGAAGAAUGAAAGAUCCACACAAACAAAUCAAGGAAGAAGGCACUGCGUUGUUCUCAUCACAACGCUGCUGUUUCAAGUUGCAUCCGCAAGAUGCACGCCUCACCAUAAGGCGGAAGGGCUGUACAUAUCCUGUAACAUUACCUUUGUAACAUACGAUGCUGAAAAAUAAAAGCUUUUAAAAAAUAUUAAAUUGCACUUGUCUACAUGAUAAAAAAAUAGUAAAUUGCACUUGUACAUGCAAAUUGCAACAUCUCUUUCUCUGACCAUUUACUACUGCCAGUAGAUGAUACUGUAGUUCCAGUAGCUUGCCUCUUGGGUGGUUCUAAUUUUACAACAAGAACUGCAUAAACGCAUUAUACUUUUUUUUGGGAACAAUUGUCUAUUUUUUUAGAUCGCAGACGUUUUCUGCUGGUGGCAAGAGGAGAUAUCUGGUUCAUUUAUUGUAUGCAUUGUUCAAGAACGAAUGAUAUGACAGUGAUUAAGUAUCUGCCUAGCUUAAAGUUCCUUUCUUUUUCUGUUACUUGACAUUCUAGUAGACUGAUGGAACAAGGAAGUGGGACAAAGAACUAAUACGGAUCUGACAUUUCAACUCCCGCACCACCCCAAUACCCGCAGAUGUAGAAGUUCAUCUACUACUAGUAGGCAAGUUUACAGUGAUGCCAUUUUGAUAACCGCCUACAUUAUAUAGGAUUCUCAGAUCAUAUCUGGGUUGCUGUGUAGUGAGCUGAUAGCGUGUAGUGUACCUUGUUUACUUCAGAAAUACUCUACGGUUACCAUUCACAUCAUGUAUGUACGCACUACACCAAAUCAAAGCUUUGUGCCUGUACUUUUGUGCUAGCCACUAGAAGGCCAGACUGUUGCUUAUUGCUUAUGUCCUGAAGCUAAACUCUGU